UUUCUCUUAGCAUCUUAUAUCAAUCACAUUAAUUGCAGUUUCCAUAAAUAUAAUCCACGCCUCCCAAUUUCCUUUUCUUCCAUCAUUCAGGAAACCCUAAUUCACGCCUCUCAAAUUUUCAAAUUGCGAUUAAGGGACCGAAACCGACGAUCCAUCAGUUGAUCAUCUUCCUCUGCAUCGACUUCGUAUUGAUGGCGAUUUUCUUAUACAUCAGGCCACUUCUUCUGCUCCUCCGCCACAAAAUUUGGGGGGUUUGCCGUGAUUUCCGAACGCCGUCAUCGCAAUAACAACACCAGACAAUCGUUGCUGCGCCGUGAUUACGGGGUUCGCCGUGAUUUCCGAUCUCCGUGAUUUCCGAUCGUCUCGACUCCAUAGGUUCCACCCACACAGCAACAACAGCCGUCGCUCGACCACCACCCCCUCCAUGUGGCCUGGAUUGGUAAAAACUGCAAAAGAAGGAGGCGUAGACGUGAUUGAAACGUACGUAUUUUGGAAUGGACAUGAACCAUCACCAGGCAAUUACUACUUUGGUGGAAGGUACGAUCUACCCAAAUUUGUGAAGAUAGUUCAGGAUGCCGGUAUGCUUUUGAUUCUUCGGAUCGGCCCAUUCGUUGCCGCAGAAUGGAACUUUGGCGGUAUACCUGUUUGGUUACAUUAUGUGCCUGGGACUGUCUUCAGAACCGACAACGAACCUUUCAAGCAUUACAUGCAAAACUUCACAACUCUAAUUGUGAAUAUGAUGAAGAAAGAUAAGUUUUUCGCAUCACAGGGUGGGCCCAUUAUCUUAGCUCAGGUGGAAAACGAGUACGGAUACUACGAAGCUGCAUAUGGUGAAGGUGGCAAACGUUACACUCAAUGGGCAGCUAAAAUGGCUCUUUCUCAAAAUAUAGGUGUACCGUGGAUAAUGUGUCAGCAAUGGGAUAAUGUGUUCUGCUCAAUAUAUGUUAAGGUCAAAAUAGAUUCGGAUCUGGUGUCGCUGUCGUCGCUUGAUGUGACAGUAGAAAAGAUCAAACGGCUGGUGAUGAAGGUCGUUGAGAAACAUAUCAUUUUCAACAAGUUGAUUUAGCAAAACACGGUAAGAGCAAUGGUCUGGUACUCCGGCCAAACUGGUGACGCUCUGAUUAUAUCACUCGGGCUAAUAAAGAUGGUAAUGAAGUAAGAAGUAUUAGUCUGACUCUAGGGUUCCGAUUAAGUUCCGCUAGCUUAGACUUGAUUCCGGGAAAGUACUAUAUGUUGUAUUUCUACGAAGAAGGUAAAUUACUCAAAUAAGUUUUUGUAUGACUUUACUGAUGAGAACAUGACUUAUGUGUGCUUGGUGUUGUUAGUUACUUUUUUUAUAUGUACACAUAAAAUAAGUCAAACUAAUACUUCUUACUAUUAAAAGAUAAAAAUGCAGCUGCAUAUGUGGUUAAAAGAGGGAUACAAUUCAGCUACAAAUGUGACAAUAAAAGAGUCCCAAAUACAGCUGAAAAUGUGCUAAACAGUAGAUAAAAAAUAGCUGCAAAUAUAAUAAAAAGAGGCUCAAAACAUGGUUGAAAAUGUGCUAAAACAGAGAUAAAAAGUAGCUGCAAAAGUGAUAAAAGAGGAUCUAAAAAACGUUGGGAGUAAACGUUUUCGUUUACAGCUGCUUAAACAAGCCGAAAAUUCUAUGGUCGACAUAUUGAAGCUUGCUGUUAUUUCCUCAGUAUACAUUCCAAUAUAG